AUGUCUGAAGUCAUGGGCCUGCGUACGCAGAUUAUGGGUAUGUUCUUCCAAACAUUCUCACAGCGUCUCCNNAAUGCUAAGAUCCACGAUCUAGAGAACGUUCUUGCUCUCGAGCCCCAAUUGCUCGAGCCCAGAUGGCUGCUCUACUGCGAGAUCAAGUUCCACGAUGUCUUCACUGAGGGCGAUUCGGGCGAUGUCAUCAACCCAGAUGAUCAGACCUACACCAACUCAAAUGCUGGCGAGGCCAACAAGUCUAAGCACGAGCUCUACACCGUCGUUCUCGCUCUUUCUGAGCGCUUCGGCAGGACUACUACCAUUCGCAUCUGGAAGGACUCUGCUGCCACACCUGAACUCGCCUACAGAAACUUGCUCAAGCAGACUGCCCUCGCGCUCACCGACCACGGACAUGUCGCUAUGUGA